AUGAGAGUUGCCUGCGGCUCUGCGGCCCCUGGGACCAUGUUUAACGGGGAGCCAAGUCCAGCCUCAGCUGCAGGCUCCAGGAAUGUGGUUCGGAGCUCCAGCAUCAGCAGUGAAAUCUGCGCAUCUCAGCAGGCCGGGCCCGGGACCGGGACCACCACCGCUAAGAAGCGGCGUAGCAGCCUCGGCGCCAAGAUGGUGGCCAUUGUGGGCCUGACCCAGUGGAGCAAGAGCACGCUCCAGCUCCCCCAGCCUGAAGGGACCACUAAGAAGCUGCGCAGCAACAUCCGGAGGAGCACGGAGACUGGCAUCGCCGUGGAGAUGCGGAGUCGGGUCACACGCCAGGGCAGCCGGGAGUCCACCGAUGGGAGCACCAACAGCAACAGCUCCGAGGGCACGUUCAUCUUCCCCACCACUCGGCUGGGGGCCGAAAGCCAGUUCAGCGAUUUCCUGGAUGGGCUGGGACCAGCCCAGAUUGUGGGGCGACAGACGCUGGCAACUCCGCCAAUGGGGGACGUGCAUGUUGCCAUCAUGGACCGGAGUGGCCAGCUGGAGGUGGAAGUGAUCGAGGCGCGGGGCCUGACCCCCAAGCCUGGCUCCAAAUCUCUCCCAGCCACCUAUAUCAAGAUUUACCUGCUUGAGAAUGGGGCCUGCUUGGCCAAGAAGAAGACAAAGGUGGCCAAGAAGACCUGUGACCCCCUGUACCAGCAGGCUCUGCUCUUUGACGAGGGGCCCCAGGGCAGGGUGCUACAGGUGAUCGUCUGGGGAGACUACGGUCGCAUGGACCACAAGUGCUUCAUGGGCAUGGCCCAGAUCAUGCUGGACGAGCUGGACCUGAGUGCCGCCGUCACCGGCUGGUACAAACUCUUCCCCACCUCCUCCGUGGCAGACUCGACCCUCGGCUCCCUCACCCGGCGCCUGUCCCAGUCCUCCCUGGAGAGUGCCACCAGCCCCUCGUGCCCCUGA